CUAGUUGCAUACAUCAAACUGUGCUAUUUUAUUCUCUAUCUUAAGUUGUUUUUCACUAUCAAGGAGGAGAAUAUGAUCCCAUCCUUCGUCCCAGGUGUAGUUAACUACAACGGUGAUCUUGCUGACAGAACAAAAAUCGGUGGUUGGGUGUCUGCAUCUCUCAUUGUAGCCAUUUACGUGUUUGCUCUUUUUCUUCUCCCCGAUGCUCUGCCUCCCGAAAGCCUCCCCCAUAGCCACCGACGCACUCUUCUUGAGAAAAACCAGUGAGAGGCUUGACUGAUUUCCUUCUUUUCUUGUCCAAGAACCGAUUUUAGGACUUAGAACACUCUCCUAAACCCAGAAUUUUCUAGAUCUACGUUGCUUUGUGUCUGCCUCCUCUGCUGUCCGCGAGUUUCUGCUGUGUGAGGUGCGAAUUUUGGGCUUUUUCUGGUAAGCUACAGCCAUGAAUCCCUCUCUUUAACUUUGAUUUAGGUUGGGUUUACUUAAUUUCUUUGUCCUUCCAAUUUUGAGGUAGCCGUGAGUCCCCUACAGAAUUUGCCGCCGGCUUCUUCCCUCCGCCAAGUCCGGUUCUGCAGCUGGCUGGAAAUUCUAGAAACGAAACCGAAGACGGGGAAAUCACGGGAAGUGACGAGUUAGAAAACUAGCCAUUUCGAGAUUGAAAUAGAUUUUAGAAUAAAUCAUGAUCUUGUAAACUCGACUUUAUUGGAGGUUUAUGAUAUUAGAGCAAAUUAUAAAAUUUGAUCUUCAGAUUUUGGUGGUAUUAGAUGUGAAUUGGAUAAGUUUUGAGCCUUGUACAUUUGUGGGACCCUUUCACGAGUGCACGGCGUCUGCUACGUCUCCGGAUUUGGGUUCUGGGGCAUGACAAUAAUUUCAUUAGAUUUUUAGUUAUUUCAUGAUUUGUUGCUUUAUAAUAAUAUUUCUAAAACAAACAAAUGUAUUGAUCUAGU